CCGCAGCGGACGCAGCCAGCCUAGCACUCCGCGGGAGUUUCCAUGGCGACCGAGGCCGGGACCGCGCGGCCUGGAAGCGUUGCCAUGGAGACGACUCGGGAGCUGGGGCUCCAGAGCCCCGGCACAUCGCCGGCUCAGAAGCCCGCGGAACCUCUGUGCGGGGCCGGUGCCGCGGUGGCGGCGGCGCGCUGGGACCUGCGGAAAUACUCCAUGCUCAUCGUGAUCGGCGAUAUUGGUACAGAGAGUCAGCUGAGGGCCGUGCGGGCCCACCUUGAACAAGGGAUUCUCUCCUGGAACAUUGACUUAUCGUCCUUUGACUUGGACCAACAGUUGAAACUCUUCAUUACUCGGCACCUAGCUCACUUCUCCUCAGAGGUCAAAGGCCAGAGGACCCUCUGCCACAAGAGUGACACCCUAGAGAGCACCAUCCUAGUCAACCCGAGUGCAGACAGCAUCAGCUCAGAGGUGCACCAUCUUCUUAGUAGCCCAUCAGCACACAAACUUCUGAUCUUGAGUGGACAAACUUUAGAGCCGGAGGGAGACCUUAUCCUACAGAGUGGUACCUAUUCCUAUCAAAACUUUGCCCGGGUCCUUCACAAUCCUGAGAUUGCCCAAUUGCUCAGCAAUAGAGACCCUGGGAUCCAGGCCUUCCUUACUGUUUCCUGCUUAGGGGAGGGUGAGUGGAGCCACCUGGGAUUGUCCAGUUGCCAAGAGACCUUGCGCCUCCAGCUAAAUCCUGAGCCUGUGUUGCCCACCAUGGAUGGUGUGGCCGAGUUCUCCGAGUAUGUCUCUGAGACCGUGGACGUGCCCUCCCCGUUUGACCUGCUUGAACCCCCGACCUCGGGAGGCUUCCUCAAGCUCUCCAAGCCUUGCUGCUACAUCUUCCCUGGCGGCCGCGGGGACUCCGCUCUCUUUGCUGUCAACGGCUUUAACAUCCUGGUGGAUGGGGGCUCGGACCGCAAGUCCUGCUUCUGGAAGCUGGUGCGGCACCUGGACCGCAUCGACUCCGUGCUGCUCACACACAUCGGGGCUGACAAUCUGCCGGGCAUCAACGGGCUCCUGCAGCGCAAGGUGGCAGAGCUGGAGGAGGAGCAGUCCCAGGGCUCCAGCAGCUACAGCGACUGGGUGAAGAACCUCAUCUCCCCUGAGCUUGGAGUUGUGUUCUUCAACGUGCCCGAUAAGCUUCGGCUGCCUGACACCUCCCGGAAGGCCAAGCGCAGCAUUGAGGAGGCCUGUCUCACUCUUCAGUACCUGAACCGCCUAGGCAUCCAGGCCGAGCCUCUCUAUCGUGUCGUCAGCAACACCAUUGAGCCACUGACCCUCUUCCACAAAAUGGGUGUGGGUCGGCUGGACAUGUAUGUCCUCAACCCUGUCAAGGACAGUAAGGAGAUGCAGUUCCUCAUGCAGAAGUGGUCGGGCAAUAGUAAAGCCAAGACAGGCAUCGUGCUGGCCAAUGGGAAGGAGGCAGAGAUCUCCGUCCCCUACCUGACCUCCAUCACAGCUCUGGUGGUCUGGCUCCCAGCCAACCCGACUGAGAAGAUUGUGCGUGUGCUUUUCCCAGGAAAUGCUCCCCAGAACAAGAUCUUGGAGGGCCUGGAAAAGCUUCGGCACCUGGACUUCCUGCGAUACCCUGUGGCAACACAAAAGGACCUGGCUGCUGGGGCUGUGCCUACCAACCUGAAACCCAGCAAAAUCAAACAUCGGGCUGACAGCAAGGAGAGCCUUAAAGCUGCUCCCAAGACAGCUGUGAGCAAGCUGGCCAAACGGGAGGAAGUGUUAGAAGAGGGAGCCAAGGAGGCCCGCUCAGAGCUGGCCAAGGAGUUAGCCAAGACGGAAAAGAAAGGAAAAGAACAGUCUGAGAAGCCCCCAGAAAAACCCUCCAAGCCGGAGAGGGUAAGGACAGAGUCGAGUGAAGCGCUGAAGGCUGAGAAGCGAAAGCUGAUCAAGGACAAAGUGGGGAAGAAGCACCUGAAAGAAAAGAUCUCCAAGCUGGAGGAGAAAAAGGACAAGGAGAAAAAGGAGAUCAAGAAGGAAAGGAAGGAACUCAAGAAGGAGGAUGGAAGGAAGGAAGAGAAAAAGGAUGCCAAGAAGGAUGAAAAGAGAAAAGAUACCAAACCUGAAGUAAAGAAAUUCUCCAAACCAGACCUGAAGCCUUUUACCCCUGAGGUCCGUAAGACCCUCUAUAAAGCCAAGGCCCCUGGGAGGAUCAAGAUGGACAAAGGCCGAGCUGCCCGUGGGGAAAAAGAGUUGUCUUCUGAGCCCCGGACUCCCCCAGCCCAGAAAGGGGCUGCGCCAGCCCCACCUGUCAGUACACACAGAGAGUCAGCCUUGUCCUCACCAGAGGACCUCACGCAGGACUUUGAGGAGUUGAAGCGUGAGGAGAGAGGUUUGCUGGCUGAACAAAGGGACACAGGCGAGAAACCACUUCUUGUAGAUACUACAGAGAUACUACAGGGGUCCCCAAGCACGGCCAUCCAGGCAGCACAACCCUCCGUCCCAGGACUUGAGCAAGAAGAACAAGUGAUAAGGGAGAACGAGGUUGUCCCAGACCUUCCCAAGGAUACAGGGAAAGCCCCAGACUCAGGGGCUGAGACAGAGAAAGAGAAAGAAACCUGGGAGGAAAAGAAGCAGAGAGAGGCAGAGAAGAUCCCAGAAAGCACUGAGGCCAGGGACGAGAGUGAACCUGAGGUAAAGGAGGAUGUGAUAGAAAAGGCUGAGUUAGAAGAAAUGGAGGAGGCUCACCCAUCAGAUGAGGAUGAGGAAGAGACAAAGGCUGAGAGUUUUUAUCAAAAACAUAUGCAGGAGGCCUUAAAGGUAAUCCCAAAGGGCAGAGAUACUCUCGGGGGCCGGGAACUGGGAUCCCAGGGCAAGGUGCCUGAGAAGGAGACGUCAUCAUUCCUAAGCAGCUUGGCCACACCUGCUGGAGCCACUGAGCAUGUCUCCUACAUUCAGGACGAGACAAUCCCGGGAUACUCAGAGACUGAGCAGACCAUCUCAGACGAGGAGAUCCAUGACGAGCCAGACGAACGCCCAGCCCCGCCCAGAUUUCCUACAAGUACCUAUGACCUCUCUGGGCCUGAAGGUCCUGGUCCCUUUGAAGCCAGCCAGGCGGCAGACAGCACUGUUCUCGCCACCUCUAGCAAAACUUACGGGGCACCUGAGACUGAACUCACCUAUCCCCCUAACAUGGUCGCUGCCCCUUUGGCCGAAGAGGAACACGUGUCUUCUGCCACAUCCAUCACUGAAUGCGACAAGCUCUCUUCCUUUGCCACAUCGGUGGCGGAGGACCAGUCUGCGGCUUCACUCACAGCUCCCCAGACAGAGGAGACAGGCAAGAGCUCCUUGCUGCUCGACACGGUCACAAGUAUCCCCUCUUCCCGCACCGAGGCCACUCAGGGCUUGGACUAUGUGCCAUCAGCUGGCACCAUCUCACCCACCUCUUCACUGGAAGAAGAUAAGGGCUUCAAGUCCCCGCCCUGUGAGGAUUUCUCCGUGCCCGGCGAGUCAGAGAAGAAAGGAGAGGCUGUCGGGAGAGGCUUGACUGAGGAGAAGGCUGUGGGAAAGGAAGAGAAAAAUGUAACAGCAUCCGAGAAACUGUCCAGUCAGUAUGCUGCCAUGUUUGGUGCCCCUGGACAUGCCCUACACCCAGGGGAAGCAGCCCUUGGAGAAGUGGAGGAACGGUGCCUCAGCCCAGAUGACAGCACAGUGAAGAUGGCAUCUCCUCCACCAUCUGGCCCACCCAGUGCCACCCACACACCCUUUCAUCAGUCCCCAGUGGAAGAACAGUCUGAGCCUCAAGACUUUCAAGAAGAAUCCUGGGGAGACACAAAGCAUACUCCAGGUGUGGUCAAGGAACAUGCUGAAGAGCAGACAGUCAAGCCAGGGCCUGAGGAGGGCAUACUAGAAGAGGGGAAAGCACCUCUUUCCAGGAGCCCCCAAGCCCAGGAUGCUCCUGUCAGCAUUGUUGGGGGUCAGAGCCCCCAAGCCCAGGAUGCUCCUGUCAGCAUUGUUGGGGGUCAGAGCCCCCAAGCCCAGGAUGCUCCUGUCAGCAUUGUUGGGGGUCAGAGCCCCCAAGCCCAGGAUGCUCCUGUCAGCAUUGUCGGGGGUCACGCUGGCUGCACCAUUCAGCUGUUGCCAGAACAAGACAAAGCAGUAGUGUUUGAGACUGGAGAGGCAGGUCCAAUUUUAGGAGCAGGAACCCUUCCUGGAGAAGCCAGUGCACUGCUUGAAGAACCUGGUAAAUCUCAGAGAGAUGACGUACUUCGGUUCACUGAUCAAAGCCUUUCCCCUGAAGAUGCAGAGUCCCUGUCUGUCCUCAGUGUAGUCUCCCCAGACACUGCCAAACAAGAAGCCACGUCCAGGUCUCCCUGUAGCCUGAAAGAGCAGCAUCUACACAAAGACCUUUGGCCAAUGGUAUCCCCAGAGGACACCCAGUCACUUUCUUUCUCAGAAGAGAGUCCUAGCAAGGAGACCUCUCUGGAUAUCUCUUCUAAGCAGCUCUCUCCAGAAAGCCUCGGCACCCUCCAGUUUGGAGAACUAAGCCUAGGAAAGGAAGAAAAGGGGCCUUUGAUGAAGGCUGAAGACAUCUCUUGCCACCUGGCUCCUGUGUCUAUUCCAGAGCCCCUUGUUGCUGCAGUGUCACCUCCCACAGAGGAGGCUGCUGGAGAGGCAAAUGUCACAGAUGAGAGCCCUGCUGGAAAAUUACCUGGUAGUCCUUUCUCUCACUCUCCACCAUCAGGUGAUAAGAGAGCCUCACCUGGGUCUGAGGUCAUGGGCCCUGCUGGACAUGCUAUGACAUCUGAUAGCUCCCUCACCAAGAGUCCUGAGUCUUUGUCAAGUCCUGCCAUGGAGGACCUUGCCAUGGAAUGGGAAAGUAAAGCUCCAGGGCUGAAAGACAGAACUGCCGAGCAAAAGGAAAAGGAACUCGGGAUGAAAGAUGAGACCCUCCAGCAGGGCCAGAUUCUGCAGGAGAGGGUUGCUGCUGUCGAGCAGGAUUCAGUCGCGCAUCGGAAAGACGGGGCUCUAGAUGAAAAAAGCAAGCCUGGAGAACAGCAGGGUGAGACUUCAGGACAGAAAGGCAGAGGCUUGGACCAACAGGAUGUGGCUGUAGAGCUGGACAAGGGUCCCGAACCCAAAGACAAAGACUUAGAGCGAGAGGACCAGGCCUCAGAACAAAAGGGCACAGACCUGCGAAAGACCCAAACCACUGAGCCAGAAGCUAGAGAGCAAAAGCACAGAGAGUUAGGAAAAAUAGACAAGGUCGUAGAGCUGAAAGAUAAGACCCCACAAGAGAAAGACAGAAUAUUAGAACAGAAAGGCAAGACUCCAGAGCACAUCAUCCCUGAACCAACACAGACACAGAGAGCUCCUGAACAGAAAAGCGAGGCUAAUAAAGAACAGAAGGAUGAGGCCUCAGAAGAGAAAGGCAAGGUCUUAGAACAAAAAGACUGGGCCCUUGGGAAGCAGGGUGCUGCCCUGGACCAAGAGAGCAGGGUUGCUGAACAGAAAGAUGGGACCCUAAAAGAAGACAAGGAGCAGAAGAGCUCUUUCCUGGAAGAUAAAACCACAACACUGAAAGAGACAAUCCUUGAUCAGAAGACUCCAGAAAAGGCCAAGGCUGUGGAGCAGCAGGAUGAAACUGCCCUGGAGAAGACCAGAGCUUUGGGGCUGGAAGAGAGCCCAGUACAGAGAGGCAAGGCUCAAGAGCAGGAGGAGAAAUACUGGAAGGAGGAAGAGGAGGAGGAGGAGGAUGUGGGCCAUAGAUGGCGAGAAACAUCUCCAGACAGAGAAGAGCCAGUUGGAGGACAGAAAGAGCCUGUUCCAGCCUGGGAGGGUAAGUCUCCUGAGCAAGAAGUCAGGUAUUGGAGGGACAGAGAAAUAAGCCUGCAGCAGGAUGCAUACUGGAGGGAGCUAAGCUGCGAGAGGAAGGUCUGGUUUCCUCACGAGCUAGAUGGCCAAGGAGCCCGUCCACGGUACUCUGAGGAACGUGAAAGUACUUUUCUUGAUGAGGGGGCAGAGGAACAAGAAGCAAGCUCAUUGCAGCAUACUCCCCGGAGUCCCUGGGCCUCAGAUUUCAAGGAUUUCCAGGAGCCCCUGCCCCAGAAGGGGCUGGAGGUGGAGCGCUGGCUUGCUGAGUCGCCAGUUGGCCUGCCACCAGAUGAAGAGGACAAGCUGACUCGCUCCCCCUUUGAGAUCAUCUCCCCUCCAUCCUCUCCACCUGAGAUGACUGGACAGAGGGUUCCUCCAGCCCCAGGACAAGAAAGUCCUGUCCCAGACACUAAGCCUGCACCACCUCUGAGGAAUGAACCUACCACCCCUUCCUGGCUAGCUGAGAUCCCACCGUGGGUACCCAAGGAUAGACCCCUGCCUCCUGCACCCCUCACUCCAGCUCCAGCUCCCCCGACACCUGCCCCAGAACCACACACCCCUGUGCCCUUCUCCUGGGGCACAGCCGAGUAUGACAGUGUGGUGGCUGCGGUACAAGAGGGGGCAGCUGAGUUGGAAGGUGGGCCGUACUCCCCCCUGGGGAAGGACUAUCGCAAAGCUGAAGGGGAAAGGGAAGGGGAGGGUGGGGCUGGGGCUCCUGACAGCGGCACCUUCGGUUCAAAAGUCCCAGAGGCUAGCAGCACUACCAGGGAUACUGAGGAGACCGAACCGGAGCAGAGGGAGCCCACGCCCUACCCCGAUGAGAGAAGUUUUCAGUAUGCAGACAUCUACGAGCAGAUGAUGCUUACUGGGCUGGGCCCUGCUUGCCCCACUAGGGAGCCGCCACUGGGGGCACCCGGGGAUUGGCCCCCACGCCUCUCAACCAAGGAGGAGGCUGUUGGCCGCCAUACGCCCUCAGAAAAGGAGCCUUCCUCUCCUGUCUCACCUAAACGCUUACAAUAUGACACUCCAUCUUUCAGCUAUGCAGCUCUGGCAGGACCCACUGUACCUCCCAGGCAAGAGCCAGCCCCCAACGUGGAGUCCAGCCUCACCCCUCCGGCAGUGCCCCCUCGUGCCCCUAUCUCCCUCAGCAAAGACCCAAGCCCCCCUCUUAAUGGAAGCACAGUGAGCUGUAGCCCAGACAGGAGGACCCCAUCCCCAAAAGAACUGGGCCGGGGUCACUGGAAUGACGGUACUAGUGACUCAGACCUGGAGAAGGGGGCUCGGGAACAGCCAGAGAAAGAAGCCCAGUCCCCAAGUCCCCAGUACCCCAUGCCAGUGGGCCACCCCUCACUGUGGCCUGAAACUGAGGCACAUACCAGCCUUUCCUCAGACUCACACCUAGGACCCGCCCGACCAAGCCUGGACUUCCCUGCCUCAGCCUUUGGCUUCUCCUCCUUGCAGCCUGCGCCCCCACAGCUGCCCUCACCGGCUGAACCCCGCUCGGCACCCUGUGGCUCCCUUGCCUUCUCUGGGGACCGAGCUCUGGCCCUGGUUCCAGGAACUCCAACCAGAACCCGACAUGAUGAGUACCUAGAAGUGAGCAAGGCACCCAGCCUGGAUUCCUCACUCCCCCAACUCCCAUCACCCAGCUCUCCUGGGGCCCCUCUCCUCUCCAAUCUGCCACGACCUGCCUCACCAGCCCUGUCUGAAGGGUCAUCUUCUGAGGCUACCACACCUGUCAUUUCAAGCGUGGCUGAACGCUGCUUCCCUCCAGGUCUAGAGGCUGCUGAACAGGGGUCUGGAGAAUUGGGCCCAGGAAUGGCGCCAGCUGCCCACAGCCUCUGGGACCUCACUCCUCUGAGCCCAGCACCGGUAGCUUCACUGGACUUGGCUCCAGCUCCAAGCCUGCCUGGAGACAAGGAUGACACUAUCGUGCCCUACCACCUGGAGUGCUCAGGGGAACUCACCAAGAAGCCAAGCCCCUUCGAUAGCCCCUCUGGAGAUCGCGCUGCCAAUGGCCCAGGAGAAACCAGCCCCAAGCCACCAGGGCUUGCCACAGCCAAGGCAGAAAAAGAAGAGGCCGUGGCCCGUCCUGCUUGGGAACGAGGGUCCUGGCCCGAGGGAGCUGAGAGGAGCUCCCGACCGGAUACACUUUUCUCAUCUGAACAGCCGCUGCAUCUUGGGAAGAGCUCCGGGGGUCCACCCUGCAGCCUUUCUCCUGAAGUUGAGUCUGGACCUCAGGGAUGUGCUACAGAGCCCCGCCCCCGCUGUGGAGAGCUUUCUCCGUCAUUCCUGAACCCACCUCUACCCCCAACCACAGAUGACAGUGACCUUUCAACUGAAGAAGCUCGGCUGGUAGGAAAAGGAGGGCGGCGCCGGGCAGGGAGGCCAGGGCCCACAGGGGGCCCAUGCCCUAUGGCUGACGAGACACCCCCUACAUCAGGCAGUGACUCAGGCUCCUCACAGUCAGAUUCUGAUGUCCCACCAGAGACUGAGGAGUGCCCAUCCAUUACGGCUGAAGCAGCCCUCGACUCAGAUGAAGAUGGGGACUUCCUGCCUGUAGACAAAGCUGGGGGAAUUAGUGGAACUCACCACCCCAGACCUGGCCACGACCCACCCCCAGCCCCCCAACCAGACCCCCGCCCAUCCCCUCCCCGACCGGAUGUGUGCAUGGCUGACCCGGAAGGGCUCAGCUCAGAGUCUGGGAGGGUUGAGAGACUACGCGAAAAGGGGCAGGGGCGACUAGGGCGGAGGGCCCCGGGCCGGGCCAAGCCUGCCUCUCCUGCUCGGCGUCUGGAUGUCCGGGGAAAACGGUCGCCUACCCCCGGCAAAGGGCCUGUAGAUCGAACAGCCCGGGCCCUACCCCGACCUCGCAGCACUCCAAGUCAGGUCACCUCAGCCGAAGAAAAGGAUGGACACAGCCCCAUGUCCAGAGGCUUAGUCAAUGGACUCAAGGCAGGAUCCACAGCCUCAGGCUCCAAAGGUGGUUCCGGCCCUCCCGUGUACGUAGAUCUUGCCUACAUCCCGAAUCACUGCAGCGGCAAGACUGCUGAUCUGGGAUUCUUCCGCCGAGUGCGUGCAUCCUACUAUGUGGUCAGUGGGAAUGACCCCGCCAAUGGCGAGCCAAGUCGGGCCGUGCUGGAUGCCCUGCUGGAAGGCAAGGCCCAGUGGGGGGAGAACCUUCAGGUGACUCUGAUUCCCACUCAUGACACGGAGGUGACUCGUGAGUGGUACCAGCAGACACAUGAGCAACAGCAGCAACUGAACGUCCUGGUCCUGGCGAGCAGCAGCACUGUGGUGAUGCAGGACGAGUCCUUUCCAGCCUGCAAGAUUGAGUUCUGAGAGACCCACCCUCCCUUCCCCAGGAUCCACUCCUACAGCUCAUUUAGAGAAUGGCUACUGCUGAGUCCUUUGGGGGUUGAGGGAAAUGGAGCUGGGCGGGGGCAACGUCAUGAGAGCUUGGGCUAAAUGGGAGGUUACUGUCCUUCCCCUCAUCUGUUCCUGGGGAUUUCAAGACCAAAGGUUCAUGAGGGGGGAAUACAAAACUAUGAGAGGUCAUCUGAGGCCUGAAACCCCUAGACUAAUGCCCUCUCCUAGCACUGCCAAAUGCUGGUCUUGGAUGAGGAUGGGUUUCAGAGAGCACAGUCCUCCCUCAUGGAGGAAGAUUAACAUUCCCCUCCCCCAAACCUUAUUAUUUAUUUGGCAUCCCAGAGAGGAUUGCUAAUAAUUUAUAUGCUAUAGGGAAGGCCACUGUUAGUAAGGUGCCCAGAGCUGUGCCCUUUCCUUCAUCUCCCACACCCUAGCCACCAGAGUAUAGGUUCCAGCAAGGACCUGGGGGUAUGUGGCUGCUAUAUUGUCUUAUUGCUUCCCUCAAUAGCUGAAUGUCUCAAUCCAAAACUUGAAGCUCUUUAGACCAAGAACUAGGGAGAGGAAAAGGAGCUCAUCUCUCGGCCCCCACUUCAUACCAUUUACAACCUAGGGGUGUGCCCAGACCAGGCUACCUGGGCAGCACAAAGGGCAAGGAGAGCCCCAGCCCCAAUCCCUCCAAGCUCCCUGAUCAUUUAGAGUCUUCACCUACCCCAUUCCAACAACCCUGAUUCCUCCUCAUCCCCUGCUUGGCUUCUCUGCAUGUGGUCAUUUGCUAUGGCCUGGUGUGUAAUGGGUUAAAAAUAAGCCACUGCCUGACAUUUACAUCCAACACGUUAGCCACACAUGACUCCCCAACAUUCCAGUCCUUUACCAUCCUGCAGCUGAAACGGGAACACUGGCUGCCUCUCCAAACCCCAGCUCUUGGACAGAGGUUCUGGGAGGUGGAGGCUGGUUUAGAGAACUUGGGAGGAGGGGGGGACAGGAAGGAGGAGGGGCAAGAAGAGAGGAAGAUGAGCUGUAGCUUAACUCCUCCUGAGUGACAGGAUAAGCAUUCUACUACAGGACAGGACCUCGCCCCAAGCAAGCCAGUGAGCAGCCCUGCCCGACCCUGCUGGACUGAGAAACCCAGAUGCUGAUAGCGCCUGGGGGCUUGCCUUCUCUGCCAAGCCAAUGGGAAAUCCAGUGGAGCCCACCUCAUGUUGUUCCUAGCUCCCCUUCCCCCGCUGCUGUGCUCUGCUCCUCCCCACACCUCCCUGCUACAGUUCCCGGCUGCUGUAACAGAGCCACCUCCAACGCUAACAAUAAAUCAAGUUCAUUGCA